UCCAAUUUUCAGCUUAUUUCCAAUAUACUUUUCCUUGAGUACCAUAACAAAAAUCAGUGCUGUGUCUGUACAUAACAGUUUUUUUGUAUGUGUGUUUCUUUUGGAAGAGUAAAAAUUUUGUGAAAGUUAGACAGACAACUUCGAUUUUUUUUUAGUGUGGUCAGAAGAGGGCGCUGUUCCUAAAUUUGACACAGCAGUUCAAAAUAGAAUGGCGGACGAAAUGGAAGAUGAAAUUGACGUCGAAGGUUUCGACGAAAAAGAGGGAUCGAGCAGUCUCCUCGUCAAGAACGAAACUCAGUUUACUGACGACUUCAAUGAUGAGAAAAAAGCUCAGAUUUGGCAUGAGUUUGGUGUUCCAGUCACUGAUUGGUCAAUCGGAGACAUAGACCAAGAAAGUCGUCUGACGAUAGAGAGUAUGCUCCAUGAAGAACGUCAAUAUAUGAAAAGCAAUAAUGGACCAGGCACUAAAAGGCCUAAGAAGAAGCAGUCGCCCUAUUUAAGAUGGACAACACACGAAAGACAGACAUUUGAGAGAGGAUUUCUGAGUUAUGGAAACAAGUGGACUCAGAUUGCUAAACUCAUCCCGACCAGAACACCACUUCAGGUCAAGAACUAUGCGAGAUACUACUUUCCAUCAAAGAUUGACUUGCCAAAUGACGACUGCAACAGCGAUGAUUCAAACCUCAUUUUCCGAGAAUCAAUCCACUCCCACAUCCCAGCAUCGCUGAACACCGGAUCACCGACGGUCCCAACCAGGCUCACAUCCCCGACCAACCCUCACAUUCCACUCACCUCCAAACGGAGACACUUUAAAAAAUUUGGCUUUGCCAAUUUGAGUUCCUCCCGCAUACUGAAAGUACAUUCAAGAAAGGACUUGUUGUCGCCCUCCAAGAGAUCUAAAACGAAAAAGCGCAGAAGGGUCUCAGCAGAGGUCGGUGCAACUCAUAAAGCGUGUGAGAAGAUCGGAAGGUCCGAUAAAGGGGCGAGAACUAAGUGUAAAAGGAAAGCGAGACCUGGUGAUGUUGAUUGUAGAGCGGAUGAGGCCAAAGUCAAGAUGAGAGAUGGUACAGGGGGUCUGCUUGAGCAAGGGGGUGGUGUCGUCAGGAUGGUACCUGAAGGGUCGGAGGACGAAGAUGUGGAUGUUGAAGAUGAUCCAGUAGGAGCUAUGCAUCUCGACAGAUCACUUAUAGGUCUGGCAGCCACCUGUGAUCGUAUCUACAAUAAUCUUAUCAGCCCAUCGGAAGACCAUAACCAUAGCGCCGUACGCACUCCAAGGAUCGGUGGCUCGGACACUCGGCAGCUCGACUGUACGGAUAUAUCGCAGAACGCUUGUCACAAGUUCUCUCAGGAAACACUUCUGGUCAGAGAGCUGGCUUGGAAUGCUGACCACACCUACAGCAUGUCUAUCAAGGCGUUGCAGAAGCUGGGUAUUGUCGGGGAGGUGCCCAGCCUGGUGCCCAGCGAACCAUUGCCAAGGGAAGACAACACUCUGUCGUCAGGAAGAGAUUUGCCUAAGAGUAGUGAUUCAGAGGCCUGUCGCAAGAAGGAAAACAAUCAGCUGAAGUUGGUGACAGUGAAAGCAGAACCGACAGUGAAAGCAGAACCGACGGUGAAAGCAGAACCGAUAGAUCCAUCAUACGAUUGUAGUACCAAGGAUGAUCAGGUUAUACUUCACCCAUCGAGUCAACAGGAAUGCGAGUCCAGUGAAUUUGUUGUCAAGGUGGAGUCUUUGGGUAGUGACGAUACAAGUGCCUUGGCUGAAACAAAGUUCAAUACAGAAGAGUCGCGGAAGGAUUGCGACAAUGUUUCUGGCACUUGCAUGAGCAGUAUUGCAGAAGCCCAACCCACUCAUGAGUUGAACGAUGAUUCUGUUUCGGAAUUUGACACUAAAGAGCAAGUCAAAGGGUGUGAUGAUGAGCCUGAGGUCUUACCGACACCCCCUGAACAGAAUGAAGGCAUCCCGGUGACUGAGUUCAAGAAUGAGUGCAAGAUUACAGGAUCAGACCAAGAUGAAGAAAGUAGGGGGGAUACUGAUGUUGAGUUGCAGAAGGAGGGGAUGAAUGAAGAUGAUUUGGAAACGGUUGGAGAUGAGGGAUGCGGCAAUGAUCCUUGUAAUGAGGGAGAGCGCCCUCUGGACUUAGAUAAGAUUGACGAGUGGGAGAAAGAAGAACUUCCCGAAUAUUUUGAAGGGCGAUCGUCCAAGACGCCAGAACGCUACCUCAAGAUUAGAAACUACAUCUAUGGGCACUGGCUGCAAACUAAACCGAAAUAUCUGAGUAAGUCGGCCAUCCGUCCUGGGUUGAGAAACUGCGGAGAUGUCAACUCCAUCGGUCGUAUUCAUCAUAUUCUGGAGGUGAAUAGGGUCAUCAACUGCCAAGUUGAAAACCCGCAUAAAUCUGCUAUAGACUGCCGUGCCCAUUCAGUCCGUCAUCGCUUGGCCACAGACGACAAUCCAAUUUAUUUUCAAUCUGCACGUCGAGAGUCAACGAGGACUAGGAACAAGAGAGACCUAGAGGCAAGUCCAAUAGUUCCCGAUAAACCAGAGGCUAAGCCAGUACCAAGAAAGAGUGUUAGGACCGGAUCAAGGAAGUCUAAACUGGUUCCCUACGAUCCCUUCAAAUUGAUUGAAUGCAGCAAGUUCACUGAGGACAAAUCGGCUCCGUUUCACGUCAGGAUACAGUCAGAUGCAAUGGUCAUCAUGGAUGUGCACUCUCACAUGUCAUCAACUGAAGUCAUAGGUCUUCUCGGCGGAACCUUUCUUAAAGAUGAGCGAACUCUGGAUGUCCUCUUGGCAGUUCCUUGUAACAGCAUCAGCACAGGCAUGCAGUGUGAGAUGGACCCAGUUUCCCAGACUGAGGCGUAUGAGUGCAUUCUAUCUCGUGGGUACCAGGUGGUCGGUUGGUACCACAGCCAUCCAGCCUUCGCUGCCAAUCCCUCAAUUAGAGAUAUAGAGACACAGUCCGACUUUCAGGGUUGGUUCAGUCAGGGUGGAGCUCCCUUUAUUGGGGUAAUCAUCAGUCCAUGUCACAACUAUCAAAUCGCUCUGUCUAAAGUGUGUUGUUUAACAAUCAGCGAGGAGUGGUUCCCAGAACUCAAAUGCAGGCGCCCAUACCAGUUUGACUUUGUGGUUUGUCAUAGCCACUGUGAUAGCAAAGACACACUUAACACCAUCUCCAACUUGGUCACAAAGUUUGCCGUUUAUCAAUACCGGUCAGAGAUGCUAUAUUUGUGGUCCAGGCAUUAUGAUAUUCUUUUCGUGGACAAGAUGUUAAAGUCAAUCAAGACAUACCUUUCUCCAAGCCAGCAGGAGGAAUUGAUCGAUGCUAUACGAGACCUUAUAACUGCCGAGUUUACUUUAAAAAGUAUCCCUACAGCAGAGGAUGAAGAAGAUGACUAAAAAGACGUAGUGAGAAUGAGUUCGGUGUGAUGAGGAUAUUAGCAGCUACGGCAACAUAUCCAACAAGUGAGAUAUUUUCGUGUGCAUUGCUCUGUUUACAGGUCUAAAACUUUGCUCUUGACACUUCAUUACACAUGGCCUUCAUCAGGGUUCUGGAGAUUCGCAGUUAAAUCGGACUUACAUCUGUAUACAUAAGCCAGUACCUGUCCUUAUCCCCGCUAGUAAGGACAGGUGACCAGUCUAAUUGCAAAAUGAGUUGAUGAGAACCUAUGGUCAAUAGAGGGGGCUAUUGAUGCCCAUGCUAACUGAACAAACAAAAUGAACAUCACCCUACAGUUGGAGGCCAAUGUACAACAAAACAGCUGAUUGCAGCGGUGUGUUCAAACUUUCCUGAAGGCAUUAUUCCUUUGUUAGGGCAUACUGUAUGGUAAGGGGAUGAAAAGCAUUGGAUAGUGAGCCGAUUUACAUACAAUGCCAGUUAAAAGGGGCCCCACUGGGUAAGGCAGCUCUUGUAAGUUGUAUUAGUUUGGGUCCUCAACAAUUAUUUAAAAAAACAAUUGCGGUUUAUCAGCAAAUGAUGUGCACUUUGGGGCAAUUAAUCUUGCAAUCUGGGUUUUUAAAAUUAUGUUUGUUGCUCCAAAACAAUAGGAAUGAGGACGGAAGGGCCACAGGGCUUAUAGCUCAAAAGUGGUUCUGAAAAGAACCGUUGGUUUCAACUUGACGUUUUGAUCAUUAUGCUCUGAUGGUCUUCUUGAGGACAAAGCUUUUAUUAUUUAAUUGAAAAACCCAAGACCUACAUGUUUGUCUGGCUCUCUGGCCGCGGUCCAGUGUCAAUUUCGAGCCCCGUCUAUGGUUGGAGUUGGGCUGCCCUAUUGGCUGCCUGGUGUGCUUGUAGACAAGCACACACACAUGACAAAAUCCCAUCGCAUGUCAUUCUUCUGUAAAAGUUGUCUUUAGAAGUGUAAUUUGUACAUAGGCGUUCGGUUAUUUUUAUUUUUGUAAGAUAUGUCAAUAAAAGUCUGUAAAUAUCUUCAUUUUAUGAGAAUAAAUAUUGUCGGAUUAAAUAGUCUAA